UUUUUUUUUUUUUUUUUUUUUUCAACACCAGAAAAAAAAUCCUGCGUACAGAAAGAAAGAAAAAAAAAAUAUAGUCUUUGACAUUACUGAAUUAACAUGGCACUUUGCAAGAUUUGUGAAAAGGAACAAUCCAAGUACAAAUGUCCUAAAUGUAGAGCUCCCUACUGCUCCUUGGUCUGUUUUAAGAAACAUAAGGAAACCCCGUGUGAGUUUUCGGAGCCAACAAACAAGACACAGGUACCUGUUCGAAAGGAGAUUACGCCCAUCGGAGCACCUGACGAGGAAGACCCCAGUAGGCUGACGCCGCAAGAUUUAGAGAAACUUGCAUAUUCCAAGGAGAUUCACCAACUAUUAGAGCAUCCGGAAAUCAGGGAAAUUAUAAGACAAAUUGAUUGCUCCAAGACACCAGUGGUCGAUUUAGAUUUCAUGCGAUCCAACGACCCCGUCUUUGAUGAUUUUACAAAGAAAUUAGUCGAAAUUACUUUUAAAGAAAAGCUGGAUGCAGUCCAGAAAAAGGGCACCUGAUCAUUGCAUAAAUUGUUCUCACACACCUCUUACGCCGAAUAAAAAUAUAUAUAUAAAUACCUUCCUCUCUCUAUUCUUUUUUCUUUAUCUCUCUAUAUUCUUCUUCAUUAUCAUUUUUUCUGGCUCUCCGGGAUCAAACCUCCUUUCUUUUCGCAAAUUAUCAUAUGGGGAGCAAUUGAGUGUACCUCCCAGCUGGUGUCCCCCGGAAACUUCUUUCUCUUGUCAUCAUUGGCAGAGAAAGAAGGCUAAAUCACUCUCUCUCUUUACCGCCCUCUUUUUUUUUUUUCCUAUCACUGUAUCUGCUCUCUUCUAUUUACGUGAUUA